AGCGAUCACUGUCCUCAAUGCUGCCUACAAAGUGUUGUCCCGAAUCCUACUCCGCCGCCUAACGCCACAAGCAAACAGAUUCGUGGGAAGUCAUCAGGCCGGCUUCAUGGAGGGACGGUCUACGACGGACCAGAUAUUCACAUUGCGGCAAAUCCUCCAAAAAUGCCGUGAACACCAAGUACCCGGUGUCGUAGGGUGCAUCGAUAGUACCCAUAUACCCAUAUUGAGACCUACAAAGGACGAACACAUGUAUUUUAAUCGAAAAGGAUUUCACAGUAUCAACGCCAUGAUAGUAAAUACCGACCAUAACUAUCGCAUACUGGCCAUAAAUCCCCGUUUUGGUGGAGCUGCUCACGACUCAUUUGUGUGGGACAUGAGUGCAGAACGAGAGUUUUUCGAAGAAAACUUCCGGAAUGGAGAAUCUAGAUUAUUAGGUGAUAGUGGAUAUUGCUUAGCACCUUGGCUGUUAACACCAUACCGAAAUGCUUAUUAUGGUUCAGGGGAAGAAAAGUUCAACAGUAUACAUUCCACUGCCAGAUGCUCGGUAGAAAGAGGAAUUGGUGUAUUAAAAUCUCGCUGGAGGUGUCUAUCGUCCGAUCGUAAGCUUCGAUACAGUCCGAAGAAGAUCACAGCAAUUAUAAAUGUGUGUUGUGCGUUACAAAACAUGUGUAUAGCUUAUAAUGUAGCAUUUGAUUUAGAUUAUAUGUUAUUACCCGCGGACCAAUUAUCAGUAACAGCUGAAAUGCGAAAUGACAGUGUAUUAGACAGAAGGGCCCAAAGAAUUCGUGACGCAAUCAGAGACUCUUUGCUUGACUAAAAUGAAGAAUGCUAGUUUUGUUGACUGCAGGGACAAUAUUUUACGCAGAAAUAAAUAUGUAUAUUUAUUAAUAAGAA